UAAAGACUUCCCCUGCAUGUGAAGAGGGUCCAUCAACUUCUCUGGUUCUAGCCACAGCUUUUUCGGGAAGACAUGGCGCUGAUGGGGAUUCAGCUGGUGGUCAGCUUGCUGGCUGCCAGCAUUAUGCAGAGGAUGGCUCCGCACUGCUCAUUUGCACGCUGGCUCAUCUGUAAUGGCAGUUUGUUCCGGUUCAAGCAUCCAUCAGAAGGAGAGCUGUGUGCCCUUGCGGGGAAACAGAUGCCAAAACAGACCAAGAGAGACAGGAGACAAAAUGGAGAGAACAAGCCUCUGACUGUGCCUAAAGACAUCGACCUUCACUUGGAGAAAGCUCCUGUCAACACGCUGGAUGCUCUUGUGCUGCGUUUUUUCUUGGAGUACCAGUGGCUGAUAGAUUUUGCAGUUUAUGCCAUGGGUGUCUUCCUGUUCACUGAGUGUUACUACAAUGUGGUUGAUGCCAGAAAAGAGGUCAAUAUCGGAGCCAUCUGGUGCGUCCUGACAGUGCUGUUUGGUCUAAAGACUCUUCACACUCUGAUGAGACACUACUUCCGCUCUGAAGAGGGGGGCGAGCGCUCUGUGUGCCUUGCCUUUGGUUUUCUGACUCUGCUCGUGGCCAUGCUGGUGCUUGUGGUCAGGGAGGAGUACCUCGAGUUCGGCCUGGAGUCUGGCUUUUCCAGCCUCUUUGACAACUUGGAAACGUUUGCCAAACAGCAGGGCUACGCUCAGUGGUCAAUCCCAGUGACCAAGCUGACCAUGAAGCUCGGUCUGGCCGCUGUCUGUGCUUACAUCGGUUCUAUCCUGGCCUUCCCCGGCCUGCGACUGGCUCAGACUCAUCUAGAUGCUGUACAGAUGAACUCAGACCGCCCACUCAUCCAGUUUCUGCUGCACAUAAGUUUCAUGUCUCCGGUCAUUGUGUUGAUUCUCUGGGUGAAACCCAUGGCAAGAGACUUUCUGGCCAGUGCACCUUUGGGGAAGACCUCCAUCACAAUAGUUUCCAGUGAAGCAUUCGACAGCGUGCGCCUGUGGAUCAUCGUGGUGUUGUGUGUGCUUCGACUAGCAAUGACUCGUUACCACCUUCAGGCCUACCUGAACCUGGCUCAGAAGUGGGUGGAGCAGAUGAAGAAGGAGGCGGGACGUAUUGCUGCAAUUGACAUUCAGAGGAAGGUCACGCGCAUCUUUUGCUUCUUGACUGUAGUUACUCUCCAGUAUUUGGUUCCUAUUCUUCUCAUCCUCUUCUCCACGCUUUCACUCAAGGCAUUAGGGGACUUCUCCUGGAGCCCUGGUGCAGAGGAAACUCCUGGAGUGACACCAGCACUGGUGAUGCCCACAGCAGCACCUGUGCUGCCCGGUGGUCUCGACGAAGACGAAGAGGGGGUGGACGAUAUGGAAGAAGACAUCCAGGCUACAGUGGCGCACCUGACAGAGGCCUUCUCAGCGCUGCGGGCCGUCCUCACUCCGCUUUUCUUAAGAGGUUUCUUUGCAUUCCUCACGUGGUGGGUGGCUGCCUGCCAGGUUAUCAGCUCUCUGUUUGGCAUCUACUUCCACCAGUACCUUAUGCAGAACUAACUGAUAACAAGAACACAGUGCCAUACUGUUCGACCUGCAAUGCAAUUCAAGCCCUCAGCUGUUGUUAAGCUGUUUCAAAGGACUUUACAUUAAUACACACAUCUACAGACAGAAUGCACCGUGGCUGUAAUAGAAGAUCUGAUCAAGGUUGGUUGAGAGUGAGAUAGAUGACUGACACUGUCGGUUGCAAUAUUGGUUACAUCCUUCCCUUAUGACUUUCAAUGGCCAGCAGGAUCAGUCUCCCAGAUGUACAGAGAACACUGGAGUCUAUAGAAGAACAAGUUCAACUUAGUCUGGGUUUCCUCACUUCUCUGCAUGGAAUACUGGUGAUUCUCGUCAUCAAACAUCUGGUUACCAGCUGGUUCAGUUAUCUGUUGCUUUAUUGAUCCAGCUUCUGGUGUGCAGAGAUCAAAGUCAAAUUCAACAUUACUGUAUACAGUUGCAAUUGGAUUCAUCUUUAAAAUAAUUUUCAAACAUUUCUAGUAUGCUGUUUAAUAUUGCUAACCGUGUAAGAAUAAGGUUGUCUUAAUAUGUUUGGCAUUUCAGCCGGUCGGGCAGUGUAAAAAAAGUGACUUUUUAAAAAUUAUUUUGACGCCUUUGUAUUUGUUAACAAACCAUUGUGAGUGAUACACUCACAGCAAAAAUGAAGUCAAAACAUAUAUAGAGGUGAUCAGCUUCAAUUAGCUAAUGGAAAGUGUUCAUUCAGUAGUUGACUCCCCUCCCUGAAGGUCACCAUGGUGGUCUACCAGAUUCACAAGUGGUCCAGCUUUUGAUAGAGGAAAACAAGUUCAGCCCAAAGAAUGUCAGCUAGCCAAAUAUUCUUGCUUUGUACAGUCCUGCUGUAGUCAACUCCUGCCUACUCAGCAAAACAUUUUCCUGCAUCUCUUCAGACGUAUCAAUACCAGUGGUACCUGAAUUCUUAAUAGAACAUUGUUCAAUGCUGCAUAUGUGUACGAUAGUUAAAUGGUAACAGGGUAAGUAUUAGUACUUAAUCCCUGUCAGGAUAAGUUGUUAGUUUUGUGAGGGACUUUUUGUCCCCCUUAAGGAACCGAUUCAAGAGUGCUAAACUUUUUAUUUUACUUUGUUUUUUUCUGCUGUUUAUUGCAUUUAUGUAGUUAAGUUGAAACCGUCCUUAUGAAUCAGUUGAAAAUGAACCGUGUUUGUGUAUCAGUCAAGAACUGAUGAGAUGUUGCUUAUUUUGUUGUUUUUCCUGUAGAAUUCCUAAGUGCCUGGGAGCUCAGGGAUUUUGAGUCGAUUUGAAAUCUCCUUUCUCUCUGAUAAAUCAUAUUUUGACUGAACAGAAACAUUGAUAGAUCAAAUUUAGACUCUUAACUGUUUUUUUUUCCCAUUUAUUUUUAAUUUUCAAACACGACUCACUCGCAUCAUCUUUAGCAGCAGUGAAUUAAACUUUUUAUUUUUACUUUUUUGUUGUUUUUAUAGCUAAUCAGUCAAGUAAGAUUAAAGGAGCAAUAUGUAACUCUGACACGUAGCGUUUAAAAUGGGUACUACAGUCCAAAUUGAAUAACACUGGAGCGAGCUCCCCCCGCCCCCUCUUACCCCAAAUGUCCACAUACUCUGUGCACAAAGCAGUCGGUCACCGCCAUGCACAACGCUGUUAAUUUCCACUCUAGUCGAUAAUUGUGUUUCCACAUCGAGUCCGUCUCCGGAGCUCCGUCACCAGCGCGACUACGCUCUGCUCCGUUACAAAUAAGCUCUGAGUCUAUUUUCGACGGUGUACCCCACAGGCACGCGCCAAGCUCGACCAAAUAGAACAACCUGGACAGAAAGUCAAACAAGGAAACGCACUGAGCGUCCUGUCAACUUCAAAUUAAAACACUACACAGACAAACAAUCUUAUUUUCCAUCACUUUGUCAACAGAGUCAAAACAGGCACCAAACGAACAACAAAGCAACCUCAGAAAGACAGAGUAACAUGUUGUUUGCACGUUUUUCUCUAUAUUCUCAUGUUAUCUUGUAGUUCUCCUGUGAUGUGUGUGAUCUGCUCAUGGCUGCAAUCAUGUUCCAGAAACAGGGCAGGGCAAAACCGUGGCGCUGGCAGACCGCGGCAUGUGGUGUGGAAAUUCGUUGCUAGAGACGAUGUGCACGCAGGUUGCCAUGUUGCAGACACAGAAGCUUCAGUGUUUAGCCAGCUCUGCAUCGGUCUUUAAACCUUUUUGCCUUCUGACCUCUCAUAGUAUUAACCACUUUUCUGCUCAUGGAGCUUAUUUGAAAAAUGCAGAGUUUUUUUAUAUCGGUAAGAAGCAGAUAUAUAUGAAACAGUUUGCUUGCCCACUUUCAAUGCUGCAAAACCAGUUUGUGUGCUGUGACAACUUGUUUUAGAUCAGGCAAACCAGGGGUGUGCAAAAUGACCGUCUGGGGGUUACAUGAAACCGGCAACCUGCUCUGGUCAAAAUGAAUACAGACUAAUCUGGACCAGAAUCUAAUCUUAGAAGGAGGACAUACUGGCUGCUGCAUUGUUGUCAGAGAAGCCAGCACUUCAACAUAGCAUGUUUCCUUAUUGCCUGAAGGUACAGUGAGGUCAUGUUUGAUCAUUUAAUUCAGUAGAUAUUUUACACAUUGCUCCUUUAAUCCAAGCCCACUUAGAAUAAUUGUGUGCAUCAGUGGGUUUUAUUUAUUUAUUUAUGAUACAUUGGGUUGAAUAGAGAUGAUACUGAUGCUGCAACUCUUUACAUUGUUAUGCUCUGUUUGUUGUUUUUGUGUGUGUGUGAUAUUUUAGAUAGUAUAUUUGAAUGAAAUGCUCUGAAAUCAUUAUACUGUGAAGUACAUAUCGAAACAUUGCUUUUUGAGAUUUCCUGAAUGCAUGGUGUGUAAAGUUUUCCGUGUGUGUGUGUGUCUCAAUAAAACAUUACUUUUCA